AUGGCGAUUCUUCUGUCUCGUGUUUUAUAUGCCGCACUCGGGCCUGCAGCGCUGCGGGGUCCGACCUCCUUCGCAGCCGAUGAGGAGACCUCUUGUUGCCGAGCAGAAGCUCCGACAUCCACCGACAAUCACCGACAAAGGCCAGCUGACGCUGACGAGGGCGCCGUCGAGGGCAGCAUGGCACAAGGACUGAAUACGCUUGCUGCAGACGACGUCUUUCCGACGGACUGCGGGGAAUCCGUGUGGCCUGAGCCCGCCGGCUAUUAA